AUGAGCAAUCGCAUCUCUCGCGGCAGCGCACUUUUCGCGAGAUGCCGAUGGUUCGGGCGCGACGACGCACGGCCGACUCCGGGCUCGCUCGGGAACAUCCACAUCGCCCUCGCUCGCGCGUGUUUCGAUUUCUGCGCGACGUGUUUCGGUCCCGCGACACGUUUCAGGCGUUUUUAACCGCUCGCGUGGGCUCGCGACGGGCGCAGUCCGGAGCCUUCCGCGAGUCCGGAACUUGAGAAAGUUUUUCCUCCUGCGUUCGUCCUCUCUCAGAUCCUCGCUCCGCGACAAGGGACGACCGCGCGCGCGUCGCGGCGACGUGCACGACGAAGACGCGCACCUCGCGGACGUUCGUGAGCUUCCAUUAGCACCUGCCCGUGGACGGCGUGGACGGUGUGGACGGCGCGGACAGGCAGGAGCCCGCCCGCGGUGAAAGUUAGGCACCCGAGUUCGAGUUCGCACAGCUGGCAUCUCCCGACGCGCGAU